CGCGGUAAGCAGUCCAUCGGCGGUGACGGUGACGAACAGGCCGAUCGCACGUCGCUCCACGCCACCGUCUUUCUUCCGUCGUGACGAUCGGUUUCCGUUCGUGUAUCGCAGUCCGUGCAGACAGUGUCGUACGUUGUCGAAAGCCGCGAAUUUUUAUUUUUAUCAUUUUUCUCCGAUUAAUUCCAUACAUCGUCGACUAGUCGAUCGUGGAAAGAUUGAAAAAAAAAAAAAAGAAAAACGUAUAGGAAAACGGAAAAGAAACAGUGUGUUCGAUCUUGAACUGUCUCGAGCUAUUCAGUAAGAGGCAAACUUGCUUGUCAAAAAUACCAGCAAAUUAAACGUCACAUACAGUCGGAAAUACGAUAUUUUAUCAAAUGCAUGGUAUCGUCGUUCGGUGAAUUUUACGUUCAGUUUCAUAGACAUUGUUUCGCAUUACGUGGACUGGCAACUUGCUAAUCUGUCGAGGACAGUCGAAGGUUUUCCUCGUUCUACGGAUGUCCUGUCGGUUACUGUGACGGAUGACUCGUGAAAGGAACUAAUGCGGCCUCGGAGGUUGUCAGAAUCGAAUGAACCGCAGGAAACCAGACGAAAUUCCUUUCAAAAUGGAUAACUUGGCCACAUGGUUAUUGCGCGCUUCGGAGAAUAACACGGAAAGUGCGAUAAUUGACGGCGAAGUAUCGAGAUUCCCUAAACCGCUGCAGACGUUCGCAGCUGUGGUCGCGAUACUGAUUAUGAUCACUGGACUCGCUGGAAAUUUAUUGACGAUCAUUGCCCUGUGCAAGUAUCCCAAAGUUCGCAACGUAGCUGCAGCCUUCAUUAUAAGCCUCUGCGUGGCAGACUUCGUAUUCUGCCUUCUUGUACUUCCGUUCGAUUCCAUCAGAUUCAUCGAUGCAAGUUGGGUAAAUAUACGGUUUCUCUGCGUUCUCGUGCCUUUCUUGAGGUAUGGAAACGUUGGCGUGAGUCUCCUCUCCGUUGCAGCUAUUACUAUCAACAGAUACAUCAUGAUAGCUCACCACGGAUUGUACAGCAAAGUUUACAAGAAAUAUUGGAUCGCUUUUAUGAUCGUAUUCUGUUGGUUGUUCUCCUAUGGGAUGCAGGUGCCCACCCUCUUAGGAAUUUGGGGUAGAAUCGACUACGAUCCGAAUUUAGAAACUUGCUCCAUCGUAAAGGACAGCAAAGGCUACUCAUCGAAAACCUUUCUUUUCGUGGUGGGUUUCGUGAUACCCUGCGUAAUAAUCGUUGGAUGUUACACUAAGAUAUUCUGGGUCGUACACAGAUCCGAAACAAGAAUGCGAAAGCACGCGUCUCCGACGAUAAAAUCGCCGCAUACACCCGGCAGGGAUACCAGAGAGAUCAAACAGAGGCGUAGCGAAUGGCGAAUCACAAAAAUGGUACUAGCCAUUUUCCUCAGUUUCGUCGCCUGUUACCUUCCAAUUACCAUCGUUAAAGUCUCCGACGCCGAAGUUAGAUAUCCAGAAUUUCACAUUUUGGGCUACCUGCUCCUCUACUUUGCCUCUUGCGUGAACCCGAUCAUUUACGUGAUCAUGAACAAGCAAUACAGACAAGCGUACGCUGGCGUGAUAGGAUGUUCGCGGAUAAGGGCGAGUCUGUCACCCUAUGGGAGCAGCGCACCUGGUCAUCAUCAACAGCAGGACUACGGCCAAGGUAACUUCGAGCACCGUCGCGUGGUAACGCUCACCAAGCUCUGACCGAACGCGAGCUAAGCGACCACACUUCGCUCACUUCAUUAUUCGAAGGACUUCAGUAAGACGAUGGUGUCGACGGUCUCCAUUGCUAUGAAUCCAGUGAGAAACUCGCGUUUCGAGGAAUAAGCUUGGUUCUGAGGACAAAAUGUCAGUAUUCCGAGUGUUUUGUAACAGGAAUUUUUAUUAUCCAUUUCGAUGGCAGAUCGAAGAGCAUGGAAACGAUAGAGAAGAUUCAUGGAAACACAUACAGUAGGAACUCGAUUAACUUGCUGAUCAAAAACAACGAGGAAGUAUACUCAGUGCGUAACAUAAGUCUGAAUUUAAAAAACAAAGAUAAAUAUUUCGAGCAGAUCUUAUAGAGACUAGUCGAAUGAUCGAAUGGUUGCUCGUUUUUAUCGAAGAACAAAGCUACGAGUCGAAAGCAAAGUCGAACAUUGCACACGUUUGUACGAUAUUGUAAUUGCGAUCUUUGUCCAUGACUAAAAUGAAUUUCGCGUCUGAAAUGCUAUGAAACACUUGUAUCUACUACGAUUAAGUAUAUAAGUAAACUAUAGAGGAAGAAGAAAGAAAGAAAAUGGUCGUUGAGAGAGAAGAGAAUGUAAAUAGAGAUCUGCGAACGGUAUACGUAAUUAUUCAGAGGUCUAAGAGAAUAGAGGAAAACUAAAGACGCACAGCAGAGCUGUUGUUAGAUUUAUUUAGAUUAGAUAAUAGCAAAGCGUGGCCAAUGUCGUAUAAUAAAUGAUACGUUAUUUGUCGACCGACAAAUUGCAUAUUGUAAAACUUGGCAAAGGAAUACCAAGUAUAUUUAAUUUUGUAGCACACUGGAACGAGUGUUGAAUAUUUACCAAAGGUAACACGUGAAUAUGUUUGUACAUAGAAGUUACGUGUUAAUUCUUGUUACCACAAUGUAAAAAUACAAUAAGAAUGUAAUAGCGAAUUUUAAAGACAUUUCGUAACUCGCGAUGUUACGAAUUCGCUUCAUAUUUAUUUAUAAUAUUUCCCUUGGUUGAUUUACGAACGCAAAUAAUGUUAAAGAGUUAUCAAAGUACAAAUCAAAUAAAUCUAUCGAUUUAAACGA